AUUUUUAGUAAAAUUUGUUUUUGUUAAUAUCUUAGUAUAUAUAUUUUUAAUUAUGAGAUAGCUUAACACAUGUCAUAAUCUUAAAUAUAUAAUUGCUAUGUGUCGCGAUCCAGUUAAUUAGCAACUUUGAAAAACUAAGUUUUAUAUAAUAAGAUAUAUAUAUAUAUAUAUAUAUAUAUAUUACGGCGCGAAUGAAAGCUAAGAGACCCAACAAAGAUUUUGAGUUCGUCAAUGGAGCCCGCUGUGGACAAAAAGGUUCCAUCUUUCUGUCCUUUUGUACAGUUAAAUCUGUUUAACCAUGCUCAAAAUUUACUGAUAUUUACCUGGAAAAAGUGAUCUUUUGCUCUCUUAGGGCUUCGUUAAUACGUGAUUAUCAUCUCUGUGUGUUCAGGGUUUUGCUUUUGUUUUAGGGUUUAUGUGGGUUUUGGUUUUAGGGUUAAUGAGCGAUGAUCAUCUCUGUUUUUUUUUUUUUGAUUUAGGGAAAAUUUGAUUAUCUUUUACUUUGUUUACUAUUACUUACUGUUUCUCUUUGCUUUUGCGAUGAUGGGUUUUGUUUUAUCCGUUCCUGAUGAAUCACUGAUUGUGUUCUUACAGUUCUAGAGUAGAAAUAGAUUAAUUUUCUGCUCAAUUCUACUGAUUUACCUGGAAGAAAGUGAACUAUUGUUCUCUUAGGGUUUCAUUGAUGUGUGACAAUUAUCUCUGUGUUUACGGUUUUGUUUUGAUUUAGGGUUUUAGCUCUUCUUGAGUUUUGUUUUACUAAACUCUCAGGAUAUCCCAGCUGACCUAGAGAUGGGGAUGUCUACUACUGAUCAGCCUUGGGGGUGUCCGAAUUCUAGCAGCAACAGAACUUCAAAACCAAGUAGAAGCAGUUCUUCUCAUCCUAGAGCUCCUGUAGAGGUUGUUUCUUCGGCUCAAGCUAAUUUUCUGCGGCACUUUAAAAGAUUUGACACUGUUGAUGAUUUCUCAGAUCAUCACUUUGUUUCUAAGGGGAAUGCUUCGAAGCAGCACUCAAAGACUUGGGUGAAAAAGGUUCAAGCAGAUUGGAAGAUAUUUCUUGAGAAUAAUUUGCCAGAGACGAUAUUUGUGAGAGCCUGUGAAUCAAGAAUGGAUCUUAUGAGAGCUGUAAUUAUUGGAGCAGAGGGGACUCCUUACCAUGACGGUCUUUUCUUUUUUGAUAUUCACUUCCCUGAUAACUAUCCUUGGGUGCCACCAAUGGUUCAUUACCAUUCUGGUGGGCUUAGAAUCAACCCAAAUCUAUACACCUCUGGUAAAGUAUGCUUGAGUCUUCUCGGUACCUGGAAUGGUAACACGAGGGAGCAAUGGCUACCACGAGAGUCCACAAUGUUACAGCUUCUCGUCUCAAUCCAAGCACUCAUCUUGAAUCAAAAGCCAUACUUUAACGAACCUUCCUACGAGCGGACCAAGGGGACUCCAUCAGGCGAGGCUUAUUCCAAAGUUUACAGUGAGAACGUAUACAUAUUGUCAUUAAGGACGAUGGUUUACGGCAUGAGAAAACCACCAAAGCACUUUGAAGAGUUUGUUCAUAGCCAUUACUUUGAGCGGGCUCACGAUUUAGUGAAAGCGAGUAAUGCUUAUAUAGAAGGAGCUCCUGUUGGUUCCCUAGUUAAAGGAACUAGCCAGGGCGGGUCCAUGCAAUUUAGGAACGAAGUGGCUGUCUUUAUGAAGACAGUUGUGGAUGAAUUCGUUAAACUAGGAGUCAAUGAGGUUGAAGAUAUAUUGGAACCACCACCUGUCAUUCAUACUAACACAUCGAGAGCGUGUAAUACAGUACUUGGUAUGCUAUGUUUAUUCUUUUUAUUGUUGCUCGUGCUUCUUGCCCCUCGCGCUAGCAUCAAAGAAAAGUUAUCAAGACUCGCCUAACACAGCCGGAGUAGAGCAGUACUGACAUUUUUUAGCUUUACUAUGUGGACAAUUAUUUUAUAAUUAUUUUUUUUAAUUUUUUUUAUUAUUUUAUUCUUAUAACUACUGGUUCAUUAAUUAGAAAUCGGUUACAACAUCCCUAGCGGUGUUACAUUUAAAGACUCCUCCUCAUACUCCCACUAAUCAUACUCCUCAUCAUUAAUGUGUCUAGCAAAAUCUGAAACGCUUGAUAUUUUAAUUACAUAUUUUCAGUUUGAUUGAUUCUGAGUUUUUUAUUUUAGAGUCAUUUACAUAUAGAGUCACUUUAUAAGUUUUUAUUACACCGUGAGACAGUUGUUGCUACUGAGAUAGUUUCUUUUAACCAAGUCACAACUAGAUGUUGCUUGUUUGGUUUCUUUUCUUUCUAGUUAGCUAAAUUAAUUUUUAAUCGUUUUCUUUUUUUUAAAAAAAUGGAACAUAAAAUUUGAAGAUCUAAAAAUUAACAAAUAAGAAAGACGAUGGUGGCUUCCUCUGCCACAAAACACUCGUGGUCACCAUGCCAAAAUUAUGUACCUCUUAUGUCACUGAGUUUCUUAAAGUAUGCCAUCACUACGCAACUAUCUCCGCCGCGUCUCCUCCGUCUCUAGAUUCACAGCCACAACCAAGUUUAAUUCUCCGUCGUGAAGCUUGUUCCUCGCCAUGAAUCCGUCGUGGUGGCCGCCAGGAAUCAUCUUCGCUUCAAUCUUCACGUCACGGAGGAGCUGGAGCAACAAUGGUGAAUUGUCUUCAUUUUGCACAUUUGGUCCUCUACUUUUGUAGUUGUUCUCAGCUUGACCUUAAGCUUUCAAAAUUGCAUAUAAAUCCUGAUCAAUUAACCCCAAAUUUCUAAAUGUGCAUUUAAUCCCUUUCUAAUUGCAUGAAUGGUUCCUUACAAUUAGCUCUGAUCGAAAUUUGGCUCCAAACUCAUGGAAUUGCGUAUAUAUCCUCUAUAUUUAAUCCCAAAAUUCCAAAAGUGCAUUUUAACCCUAUUUUAUAUAAUUAACACACAAAAAUGCAAUAUACACUCCUAAAUUCAAGUUAAAAUGAUCAAAAUAGACUAAAAUAAGAUGCUAAAAUCCAAUAAAAUCAUCAUAUCAAGAUUUAUUAUCGGUCAUACAUGUAAAUGUGUAUAUAUGUACAUGUGAAUGUACAUUGUCAAUAAAUCACCAUAUUAUACCAUGAAAAUUGUAAUACAUUAUUUUCAAAUUAAAAAUAAUUAGAUAGUAUUAUAAUCAAAAUUUACUAAUGGACAUACAUGUGAACAUGUACAUAUAUAUAUGUACAUAUAUAUGUGUACACAUGUAUAAAAAUUACUUAUGUUUAUGCUUAUAUAUGCACAUGUAUACAUUAUCAAUAAAUUCGCAAAAAUCGUAUCAUAAGAAUUCUAAUACAUUAUUUUCUAAUUGAAAAAAAUGAGAUAAUAUAAUAAUCAAGAUUUACUAUUGGGUAUACAUGUGAUAUAUAUAUAUAUAUAUAUAUAUAUAUAUGUGUGUGUACACAUGUACAACAAUUACAUGUACUUAUGUACAUGUAUACAUGUGCAUACUAUUAUAUAGAUGGUUUGAAAUAUACAAAGCAACAUGAUUUUGCAUAUUACUCUACUAAGAAGUAUAAAAUCGAAACACAAAAUAUCAAAGACAUAAAAUAUGAAAAGUGGUAUGCAUAUGAUGUCCAUAUGUACAUUUCGUCAAAAUAUAUGUAUAAUAUGUUGUCCAUAUGUACAUAUGUUUAUUUUCUUGAUUUCAAACUUUUCUUUAGUCUCUUUGCAGCUAUUUUAGGAGCAACAUGAAUCCUACAACUUGAAACGCUUGCGUGUUGCUUCAUGCACACCAAAAACAUAUCUUCUAAUCCUGAACACCUAAACUUACAUUUAGAUUUGUACACAUGUACUCCAUCAAUUUAAUCACAUGUCUCUUUCGCUUACAUAUGACCUACCAAGCGAUUACCCUAGUCGAAAUUGUUAUAUCACCUUAAAUACAAACUUGAAUAUAUUUUGUAUCAGAUUUUGGCAAUUUGACAUCGUGUACAUACACCACCAUGUACACAUGUACAUAAAAUAAUAUGUACAUACGUCCGUUAAACAAUAUUUCUAUACAUCAAUACGAAUAACAUGUACACAUAAAAUAUAAGAGCAUAUACAAAUUUCCAAACGUUCUAUAGUAGCCUAGCUAUUAGUACGCUCAGUCUAUUCUUCAAAGUCGCGGGUUCGAUGCUACCUAAUUGCAUUUUUUUUAUUUUUUUGUCUUUAAUGAAGAGUAAUACCUAGAAUGCCUUCGUCUUCUUCCUCACCAUUGUUGACCUGCAAACCCUAAUAUCCGCUCCUCUCCAUUUUUUUCACGAUUCAACACAAUUCUAACUCCUUUUCUUAUGUUUUUGUUCAAUUACAAUAGAUUUAUAACAAUAUAUAUUAUUUCAACCUCGAUAUUUGAUCUUUUUUUUUUUUAAAUCUGAGUUUAUUAGCAAAUAGAUCCAAACCCUUAAUGCCCAACUCGUACGCGAUUUAGAACAGAUGACAUACACUCUAGGAAUUCGAAGUCAAUUUUUACAUUUAAAUUCCAACAAUGGUGAAAAAUGAGAUGAGAGAGAUUUGAGAAUCCUACUAUAUAAAAGAAGCUAAAUUGAGAGCUUAUAAGGGAUGCCACAUGGGCAAAAUAAUCCCCACCAAUCAUACUACCAUGUCACUGGUGGAUUGGGCUUCCAAUUAAAAUUGCAAUAAAAGAUUUGGACUUGGUUUUGAUUACAAAAUUGGCUACAGUGAGUGGGAUUCAAAUUAAAGUUGCUUUGGUUACAAAAUUGGCUACAACAAGUGAGCUUCGAAUUAAAAGAAUGAGGUUCGAAUUAAAAUUGCUUUAGUUUGGUUUGGUUACAGCGAGUGGGCUUCGAAUUAAAAGAACAAUCUCGCAGCCCAGUCCAUUAAUUAUGUGUACCUGUUAAUUAUUCACUAAGAACACGUAAACAAAUUGCAAUGCAUGCAAACAAUAAGGAAUACGUCCUUUACGAGUUGCCUUAUAAUAAAACAAAUGCAUGCAUGAAUUGAUUUUUGUUGAGCUGUUAAUUAUUAGAUAGACUUCUAGCUAUACACGUCUAAAUCAAAAACGAUUUCACCAAGUUUAACUGGCCCCAUAGUAAUAUUCUUCUAGCAAAAAAUCUUUUUGCAUUCACUAAGAAGUAAAUAACAUAUAUUCUGCCAUUAAUACAAAAAACAAAAGAUAU